GGGUGCCCUGUGUUUGGGAGAAAACUCCCUUUCCCCAAACACAACUCACCCUUAUAUGGGUGUAGCUAACCACAAAUAUCGGUAGUAUAUAUUCUAUAUGAGGGUGCAUUUGUCUUUUCUUGCCUAUUUCAAACUAAAAGUGUGCCACAGCCACGGAGAAGCAGGGGAAGAAGAGGAGGACGUUGACAUUGACGAAGAAGAGGAGGUGAAGGACGAUGACGCGGAGGAGGAGGAGGAGGAGGAGGAGGAGGGGAAAGACAAGGAGGAGGAGGAGGAAGAAGAGGAGGAAGAAGAAAAGGAAGAAGAGGAGGAGGAGGAGGAGGAGAAGGAGGACAACGAUGAUGAGGAGGACAACGAGAUAGAAAAAGAAGAGGAGGUGAAGGACGAUGAAGUGAAGGAGGAGGACGAGGAGGAGGAAGACGAGGACGACAAGGAUGGCGAGGAAAAAGAGGAGGACGAGGAGGAGGAUGGGGAAGAGAAAGAGGGAGAUGAGAAGGAGGAGGAGGACGACGAGGAGGAGGACGAGGAGGAGGUCGACGAGGACUAGGAGGCGGACAUCGAGGUAGAAGAAGAAAGGGGGGGGGGGAGGAGGAGGUGUGGGGCGAAGGGAAGCAAACUCACCUAG